GGCCCCCGCUGUUCUGGGCGCAUGCGGCGGGGGCGAUGGGCGGGCGGGGCGCGGCGCUCCGUGGCUGGGACUUCGGGCUGUUAUUUGUCGUUAUAUUUAGCGGCGGCACUGGGCCGGCGGGCGGCGGCCGGUAUAAGCGGCCCUGGGCGCCCCUCAUAGCGGGAGUGGAGCGCGCGGCGGCGACGGCGCUGGAACCCAUGGACACCGCAUACCCCCGCGAGGACUCCGGGGCCCCGACGCCCCGCACGGCUGCCAGCGCCGCCCACACGGCCGUGGCGCUGGGGCCGCCGCGCGCUCCGCCUCGAGACCACUUGAUCUGGUCCGUGUUCAGCACCCUCUACCUGAACCUGUGCUGCCUGGGCUUCCUGGCGCUGGCCUACUCCAUCAAGGCCAGGGACCAGAAGGUGGCCGGAGACCUGGAGGAGGCCCGGCGCCUGGGCUCCAGGGCCAAGUGCUACAACAUCCUGGCCGCCAUGUGGGCUGUGGUGCCGCCCCUGCUGCUGCUGGCGCUGGUGGUGACCGGCGCCCUGCACCUGUCCCGGCUGGCCCGGGACUCCGCCGCUUUCUUCAGCACCAAGUUCGAGGACUCGGACUAUGACUGAGCGGCUGGGCUGCCCCCUGACCUCCUGGCCUGAUGCCCAGCCCCGGCUGGCCACGGAGGUCUCCCCGUGGGACCCCAGGGGCCUCACCCUAACCUUGAUGGUCCCUGGUCCCCCCCCCCACCCUACUCCCUGCCCCAGCCGGACGCCCCACCCCCCACUCACCAGGCCCUGCCUGGGUUUCACGAUUAAAAGUGCUUGGUUCCACGA